AUGACAGGACCACUUGCCAAGAUUGCUCUUGUCAUUAUACUCUGCAUUCAAGUCGUCCUAUGGUCCCACUCGCAGCAAGCAGCCGUCGACGUCUCGCGUUCGUCACCAAGAUCAGUACAACACUGGUCUCGCGCGCUCGUAGAGAGUGUAAACAAUGAUUUUACAGCAAAGACGUGUGCGCCACGAAUGUUUCCCGCCAACGAGCAAUGUGCACACGUGACAAGAUCGUGUCCCAAAUCAAAGACACUAUUACGUGUUACAUACGUGCAAAAGUACUUUUGUUCGUCUCCCCGGAUACGACCAGGGUACUUUAUGGGUCUCCUCAUCUGGCUCAUCUUCCUCUUUUCGACUUUGGGCAUCAGCGCGUCUGAUUUCUUCUGUCCAAAUCUCGCUACAAUAUCAGCAGUCCUUGGCCUAGACGAAAACGUUGCUGGCGUCACGUUUCUCGCCUUGGGCAAUGGCAGCCCUGAUGUCUUCUCGACAUUCUCAGCCAUGAAGGCCGAUUCUGGCAGUCUUGCCAUCGGUGAACUAAUAGGAGCCGCGUCUUUUAUCGUCUCGGUCGUUGUCGGGUCCAUGGCGUUGAUCAAACCAUUCAAAGUCAACCGCGGUCCAUUCCUUCGGGAUGUUGGCUUCUUCACUGCUGCCAUCUCACUUCUCCUUGCCGUACUCAGGGAUGGGGUCAUCAAGGCUUGGGAGGCCGGCAUGCUUGUCCUCCUUUAUGUGUUAUACGUGGUCGUCGUAGUCAUCUUUAGCUGGAGAGAGAGGAGACAGCAACGUCUUCAGAAGCUAGAAGACUUGCAAAGGUCUCAAUAUGGGGAACACGGCAGAGAUGACACGGUCAUUACGACGCCCUAUCGAGACGAGGAAGAGUCCGAACCCUAUCGUGAUAACGCCACGGAAGACACUCUCUCCGUGUCUCCAACCUCGCCAGUCUCGGGAAGAGGUCGAUCGGUGUCCGGUGCGACCCACCCUGACCUAUCGAGAUCCGUAUCACUGCACCCUCCUCACGAGACUCGUUCUCGACGAACGUCCAUCCAACAGCUUCCAUCGUACUCGCUUCUGGGUGCUUUGGAGUUUCGGACAGCCGUCAAUCAAUUGUUGCAGCAAUCGUCCGCUGGGCCUAAUGUACACGUGCUGGAUGCAUCUCCCAUCACACCGUAUGCUGCUGGGCACUAUCACAAUCCCUUGUUGUCGCAUUCGUCACGACGGGGAAGUGAAAGCGACGUUGCAGACACGGAAUCCAAUCCAUGGGAAGCAAGUCUAGGAGGCCUGCCUUUAGAUGAACGGCACCACGACGAAAGCCUUAACGGCUCUACAGCACUUCAACCUCCUCAUACUCACCUCAGGGUUCAAACAGACUCUGUCGCACUGUCAAGCGGAGCCGGCGCUUCACCUAUCUCACCCUCUCUACGAUCCCCUGCGUCGGAAAUUGAACCACGAAAACGGUCAAAACGCCAACGAGUCAAGAGUAUCCUCAAGGACAUCUUCCAUACAUUGUUCCCUACUCUGUACGACUUUAGGCACAAGUCGAUCGUAGGCAUGGUCGCCGCCUUGUUUGCUGCACCAGCUGUGCUCUCCCUGACACUUACCCUCCCUGUGGUCGUCACCCCUCAACCGGCGGAGGAUGUACCGGAAAAGGUUCUCACACCGGCUGGACCGACACUAGGGACACUGAUCGACUUUGAAGAGGAAGGUGUUGAGAGGGCCUUGGUAGCAGAGGAGAUUGUCGAAGAGGAAUUGCACGAGCUACAAUUCAACAAGUGGCUCAUGGUCGUCCAGUGCAUAUGCGGGCCAUUGUUCUGCGUUUCUGUUCUUUUCAGCUCUUCAGCGCAUUACCCAUUGAUGUUGGCCUUUACUGCCGUUGGAGCGGUCAUCAUUGCCAUAUUGGUGGCUAUAUUUGCGGAUAAAGGCAACGAUCCUGCUGCGCGUAUAGCGCGGACAUCCAUGGGUUUCUUGGUUGCCAUUGUCUGGAUCAUGGCAAUUGCAGAUGAGGUAGUCCAAGUGCUCCAGACAUUUGGAUUCAUCUUUGGACUUUCUGACGCUAUCAUUGGCCUCACCAUCUUUGCGGUCGGCAAUUCGCUGGCAGACUUUGUCGCCAACAUCACUGUCGCGUCAUUCGCGCCUAUCAUGGGCUUCUCUGCCUGUUUCGGCGGACCCAUGCUCAACAUUCUCCUUGGUGUCGGCAUCUCGGGAAGUUAUCUCAUUCAACAACGCGGAGAGGGCUAUCCUCUUCGCUUAUCCACGACACUUAUCGUGAGCUCGGUUGGAUUGCUCAUACUCUUAUUGGCGACGAUUAUAUUCGUGCCAUGGAAUGGUUACAUGCUCACGCGCCCUUGGGCCGUCUUCCUCAUCGUGACUUAUAUCGCCGUGAUGACCACCAACGUUCUAGUUGAAAUCAGACAGGAUCGAGAGCAUUGA